UUAGUUGCGAGUUGGCAGCACCUUUUGCAACACUGGACACGACAGCUCACCAAAAACUAGCUGCUCUGCUGUGAUUUUGUUUUACAAUUUUCGUUUAAAUUUUUACAUUUUUGUUUGCGGCGGAUAGCGCGGGUGCGAGAACAGAGCGCAGUUUCCAUGCAAAAGUGCAAAUCGGCGGCUAUAGAGCAAGCAAAAAACGGCACGCCAAGCGAAAACGAGUUCGACGUCUUGUUGUAGUUGGAUUUUCCAGCCACUUUUCGACGAGAUUGUGUGAAAAAUUCCGAAGCAUUCAAUAGCAUAGCUCCAAAAUGGUGGAUAAGUUCAUCAGCAUGUGGAAAGUGCGCGAAUUGGCGGACAAGGUCACCAAUGUCGUGAUGAACUACACGGAGACGGAGGGCAAGGUUCGGGAAGCCACCAACGAUGAUCCCUGGGGGCCAACUGGUCCCCUCAUGCAGGAGCUGGCCUACGCCACCUUCUCCUACGAAACCUUCCCGGAGGUGAUGUCCAUGCUGUGGAAGCGCAUGUUGCAAGACAACAAAACCAAUUGGCGACGCACCUACAAGAGCCUCCUGCUGCUGAACUACUUGGUGCGGAAUGGCUCGGAGCGAGUAGUGACCUCCUCCCGGGAGCAUAUCUACGAUUUGCGCUCGCUGGAGAACUACACGUUCACCGACGAGGGCGGCAAGGAUCAGGGUAUUAACGUUAGGCAUAAGGUACGAGAGCUUAUAGACUUUAUUCAAGACGAUGAUCGAUUGCGGGAGGAGCGGAAAAAGGCGAAGAAGAAUAAGGACAAGUACAUCGGCAUGAGCAGUGACGCCAUGGGCAUGCGGAGCGGCGGCUACAGUGGAUACAGCGGUGGAUCUGGAGGAGGCGGCGGUGGCUACAACGAUGGUGACUACCGCUCUAGUCGUGGAGACAAUUGGUACUCCGACAAGAACGCCGAUAAGGAUCGGUAUGAGGAUGAUGAUACUCACUAUGAUGGAGAGCGCGAGGGGUCCGACAGCGACUCACCCAGUCCAAGACGUAAUUAUCGCUACAAUGACCGCGCCAGUCCUGCGGAGGUGGCUAGCGAGGUCAAGCCCUCCAGCCUGAACAUGAACAUUCGCUCGAAGGCCGUUAGUUCCCCAGUUUCCAAGCAGCCCACUUCGACGGUAUCAGCCAAGCCGGCACUAUCCCAGAAGAAAAUCGAUCUGGGUGCGGCAGCAAACUUUGGGAAGCCAGCACCUGGCGGAGCAGCUGGCAUUCACUCGCCUACUCACCGCGACACUCCCACCAGCGUGGAUCUUAUGGGCGGCGGCUCGCCGUCACCGUCCACCUCCAAGGCUAACAAUAAUACGCAAAGCAAUAACAACGAUCUGCUAGACGAUCUGUUCAAGACCUGCUCGCCACCUCCAGCGCAGGAAAAGAACCUUAACAGUGCCGCAGUGAUCGUGGACGAUGAUGAUGACUUUAAUCCGCGGGCCAGCGAUGCUAGCCAGCAGGAAUUCGGAGACUUUGCCGCCGCUUUCGGCGCCCCCUCAGCAGGAUCGGCGAUUUGCGAGCCACCAUCAACGGGCCUGAUUCCGGCUGCCAACGAUGAGUUCGCGGACUUUGCAGCAUUCCAAGGCGCGACAACGUCGACCUCUGCUCUGGACGGGAAUCUGCUGAAGACGGCCACCCCGGCGAACGAUUCCUUCGACCUGUUCAAUGCUGCCCCCGCGUCGACGGCAGCGGCCACAACGGCCACAGAUCUCCUGGCGGGCCUGGGCGAUCUGUCCAUUCACCAAAGCAUGCCCAUGGCUGUCGAAGAGCAGUUGGCAUCCGGUAAUGAUUCGAUGUCGUCGCCUUCUCCGCUGCCGCCGCCGGAGGCAGUGCGUCAGGCUUUGGCAAGGGCGCAGAAACAGCUACGUGACCUGAAACAAGUCCAAAGCGCAUCAGCUGUCGCCCAAGUGGCAGCCGUUCUGAGGGAGCUGCAUAACUCAAACGCAUUGCCCGGCUUUGCCACCCCAGAGCAGUUGGUGGGUCUCGAUCGGCAGCCCUACGAUUGGAGUUCGUUGGUCAAUGCAGAGUACGCAGCGUUGCUGGGCCAAUUGGUAGAGCUAUUCAAUCAGGAUUGGCCGGAACCCUCGCGGGAUGUAGACGUCCUGAACCUUUUUAAACUCGAUCACAGCUUCGAUUAUGUACGCGUUGCAUUUGAGACGCUUCAGGGAAAAUUGGAUCAGUUUCCCGGAACUAUUACGGCCUUACUGGAACACAUGCUGAAGGAUGAGAGCCUGAUUUCCAUCACCUUGCUGCACAUCGCCCGCCAAAGAGGGUCCUUGAUGCUGCGGUAUGCUGGGACUAUCAAAGUAAUGCCAGAGCGGCGCGUGGAGGAGUUUGAUGCCCAAGUGAAGGCGUUCUUUCAACUGAUUAUCAGUCUUCCCGCCCAGGUGGCCAAUCGACUAGGUCGCAAGCUGCCGGAGAUGUUCGCGCCCGUUUCUUAUCAGCAGAUCCUUCUGCGCCAGUGGCUGAAGUCCUUGUAUUUUGUGCUGCAGUGCGAAGAUGGCGGGGAAUACUUUGAUUUGGAACCCUACUCAUGGCUUUUGUCGCAGCUUGUAAACUUAAUAUUCCAUGGUCCAACUUUGGAGGGUUUCCUACGAGUGCUUAAGGACUACGCGGUAGCUCCCAUUGGAAGGAAAGUGGUGCGCAGCAUAAUGAGGGAGUUGGAUCCCGCUGCUUGCCUGAAGACAGCUCAAUCGGCACUUUCAGCUGAACUGAAUCUCUACAUCCUUAUUGGCCCGGCUGCCUUGGAAGCUCCUCACUGGAAGCACUGCCUGCUCCAGAAGGUGCCACUCCAAAGGACACCCGUGGAAAACAAACAGCUCAAAACCUUGGCGACGUAUCUCAAUGUCGUUGCUCCUGCACAUCUGCAGGUGCUUUUUAACCAGUUGCUCGGAAUCUGGUCUAAGCGCAUCUCCUUGCACAAGCUGAGCAGCCAGGAGCACUUGGCUAUAUCCAAACUGCUUGUGCUAGCUGGAAAGUGCAUUUUCCGGAGUCUAGAAAUGGAUGUGGACACCAAGCGUCAGCUGCACGAUGGCCUUAGUAACCAUCUGCAGUCGCCGGAUUCACUGCAGCGACAUGUGGGUAUGAAGACAGUGGAGCUAAUCUUCAACUUUAUGGCUUUGCCCGAUACAAAGGAGGAAGAUCGUCUACGCUUUGAUUACGAGACAUUAAUGGAUACACUGCAAUGGCACAUCUUCGAGGAGUUUGAUGACUUGGCACAGUUUGAAAGCCCGAGCAAGUCCAAGCUGGAUGAGAAGCCUGGCAAGGAUCAGCUGGAAGAAUUAGAAUCACAUCUCAAGGACUUUAUGGGUAGUUCAGAGAAGAAGGAGCAGCACUAUCGGCAGAAGAUCGAAACCAAAGCAAAGCCAGCUGCCAAAACGGAGAACGUAAAGAUGCAGUUGGACUCGGAUGACGAUGAGCCACUGGAUGAAGACGACGAUGAUUUGAAGCCGUACGACAUGUCUAAUGAUACAACAAGCACCAUUGAGACGCGUCCCAAGUUUGUAAUGGACUUAUUGCACCUGCUCCGAACUAAAGUGGAGAACUAUCAGGUGUUUGAAGGGGCCUUGGGCACAGCGGAACAGCUCAUCCGCGGCCAGCUGGCCAGGCAUGAUACUCAGUUGGCCUUGGAUCUGCUCCAGCUUUUCCUAGUUAUGGAAAUGCAGUUCUAUUAUGAGCACUUUGAGCGAACACAAUUUAAGUGUUGUGUGGCCAUUUGCGUCGCUCAUCCUGGUCCGUGUGCCGAGUACUUGUGCCGCCAGUUUCACACGGACAACACUACCUAUGCAGCAAGCGUGCGUAUUUUGAUCCUCCAGGUGCUGGCAGCAGCUGCCAAAGAGCUUUCUGGCGAUGAGAACAAGCAAGAUGAGAAUGAAAUCCUGGAUGUAGUGCCUCCGGCAGCCAAGCUGCCUCGAAAGUUUGAGCUGCAGCAGGAGGAGGAGAAUCCUGCCGCGCGUCUAGCCGCUGCCCAAAGGAUCAUUCGCGAACGACUUCGGGCCAAGACCAAGCGGUAUUUCAGCAAGCCAAAGUCUGGGGAUCGAUUGGAAAGACCAAACCCCUUUCACCCGGUGGCCGGCACCUUCUUUUUCAGUUUGGUUAGAGGUCAGAGGACACGGCAGAUGCUCUUCGUCAAGUACGAGAACAUAUCUCACGACAUCGACACCCAGUUGCUUGUGAAUCUGCUGCACACCCUGUCAGUGCUGGUCAUGUGCUCCCAGAACUGUCCACUGUUGCCGGCGAUGACCCGCGAGAUCUUCGAUUUGUGCGCCUUUGUGCGUUUCAAUGCCGAGGCUCGCGUCCGCGCGGCCACUCUGCAGCUGAUAGGUAUCGCCCUGGUCACCACACCCAGCCAUGUGCUGGCCCAGCACUUUGCCGAGUCGCUGAACGAGCUGCAGCGCUGGCUGGAGGACUUUAUAAGAUCGCCCCUCGUGGGCGGGGAGACUUCCGAGGAGUGCCGGAAUCUGGCCCAAAGCAUUCUGGACACCUGUUACAGGCUCUUCGACUCAGCCGCCAUGGAACAGGCUGCCUAGCUUAGCCAUUUUACCAUAUUUUUUAUGAAUCCAAAACUACAGAAUCCUAAGAUAUCUUAACUAUAGAAACUGUAUUCUAAAUACAUAAUCCUUAUCCGUUAUCGAAUAAAUAUUGUGAAAUAUUUAUAUUACUAUUCUUGACUGCUUACAGAUUGAAGUAACUAAUGUUAAUGAAUAUAAGAACCAUCCUUUGAUUUUCUUAUACUUUUUAUAUUUCAUAAAUCCAUUAAAAUAAUUUAAGACAAUUGUUAACUAAGCCCAACACACCAACAUUGAACACUGUGUCCUUGAACAUUUCCUUAAUGUUAUAAAAGCAUAUUCAUAUUUAUGGACUCCGAAGGGAGAUUUAUUUGCUAGAAAUAAGAUUGUAGUUCGAGAAAUUAUUGUUUACUUCUCGCUAUCCAAGCCAUUGUAUUGCAGGUAUACCUAUACGGAUUAACUUCAUUUAAACCACUUUCUUUUGUUUAUUUGUUUUUCUCUUACUGCAUAUUUGUAUUGCAACCACACACACAUCGGAUCCAAUUUUAUUUCUCAAAUAUAUAUGUACUUAAUUAUGGUGAA